CGCGGCGGGCGGGGAGGUGGUGAGGAGCCGCCCCUCCCCCACGCGCCAGGCUGCGGCGGGGCUGCCAGCCGCGGCCUCGUCCCGCCCGGCCCCGGGGCUGCGGCGGCCAGACCCGAAGCCCGAGUGGGAUGCGGCUGACGCGGAAGCGGCUGUGCUCGUUUCUCAUCGCCCUGUACUGCCUCUUCUCCCUCUACGCCGCCUACUACGUCUUCUUGGGGUACCGCCGCCGGCCGCCGGCCGCGAUCUCGCGGGGCCUAAGGAAAGGGGCGGCUCCGGCGCGGGAGAGGCGUGGCCGAGCAGAAUCUACUUUGGGAAGUGAAGAAUGGAAUCCUUGGGAAGGAGAUGAAAAAAAUGAGCACCGACAUAGAGUUAAAACUAGUCUUCAAAUACUAAAUAAAUCAACAAAAGGAAAAACAGACCACGGAGUACAAAUCUGGGGCAAAGCUGCCAUCGGUUUAUAUCUCUGGGAGCAUAUUUUUGAAGGCUUACUUGAUCCCGCUGAUGUGACAGCUCAGUGGAGAGAAGGAAAAUCAAUGGUAGGAAGAACACAUUACAGUUUCAUCACAGGGCCAGCUGUAAUCCCAGGGUACAUCUCUGCUGAUGUGAAUAGUGUGGUACUGGUGUUAAACGGAAGAGAGAAAGCGAAAGUCUUGUAUGCCACCCAGUGGUUACUUUAUGCACAGAAUUUAGUGCUGUCUCAAAAACUCCAGCAUGUUGCUGUUGUUCUGCUUGGGAAUGAGCACUGCGAUAAUGACUGGGUGGCCCAGUUCCUCAAAAGCAAUGGAGGCUUUGUGGAGCUGCUGUUCAUAACAUACGACAGCCCAUGGGUUAAUGAUGUGGAUGUUUUUCAGUGGCCCCUAGGAGUAGCAACAUACAGGAAUUUUCCUGUGAUGGAAGCAAGUUGGUCCAUGGUGUAUGAUAAGAGACCAUACUUAUGUAAUUUCUUAGGAACUGUUUAUAAAAAUUCAUCUAGACAGGAACUAAUGAACAUUUUGAAACAAGAUGGGAACGAUAAGCUUUGUUGGAUUUCACCAAGAGAACAGUGGCAGCCUCAGGAAACAAACGAAAGUCUUAAGAAUUACCAAGAUGCAUUGCUUCAAAGUGACCUCACGCUGUGCCCAGUGGGAGUCAACACAGAAUGUUACAGAAUAUACGAGGCCUGCUCCUCUGGCUCUGUCCCUGUGGUGGAGGAUGUGAUGACGGCUGGCAGAUGUGGAAACACAUCUACUCAACACAGUGCCCCUUUGCAGCUGCUCAAGUCGAUGGGUGCUCCCUUCAUCUUUGUUAAGAGCUGGAAGGAACUUCCUGCUAUUUUAGAAAAAGAGAAAAUUACAAAUUUACAAGAAAAGAUUCAAAGAAGAAAAAUGUUACUUCAGUGGUAUCAACACUUCAAAAGAGAACUAAAACUGAAAUUUACUAACAUUUUAGAAAGGUCAUUUUUAAUGAAUAAUAAAGGUUAGCUUAAUACGG